AUGCCCUUGCCUGCAACGACUCGAGUAAGAUUCGACCUGCCUUCUCCGCUCCUCGCAAUACACCCUCCGAGGCAGCAGGGGGCGGUACGAAACAGCUCCAUUCGGAACCGAGGCUCCAAAAUACGGGGUGGCGAAGGGGGAAAAACACCGGGAGGGCGCACGGAGUUCCAAUUGGUUGCGGACCGGGCCAGAAGCGAAGGAAGCGAGAGGCGGAGACUCACUCUUCUUGCGGUCUCGGCGGCGGCGGCUUCUUGUCCUUCAUCCCGUCGGUCGCUCCCAACCUGCCUCGCUAUGACGGCGCACAGCUUCGCGCUGCCGAUCAUCCUCUUCUCGGUCUUCUGGGGGCUCGUGGGAAUCGCCGGGCCGUGGCUCGUGCCCAAGGGGCCCAACCGCGGGUGAGGCUCCCCGCCCGCGCAGCCUCCGCCCGCCCGAUCCAUCGCCAGGUCUCCCGGUCAUCGCCAUCGCCAAAUAGAUCAAUAUAUACAUUGUGAUCUAUAAUUGCGAGGGAAGGGUGAUGGUGGUCCCUGCUAAAGGCUUUGAGAAUAUCUAUAUCUAUAUCUAGAUAGAUGAUUGAUUGAUAAUGUGAGAAUGACCUAUAUAUCCAAAAAGAUCACUAUAUAGAGAUAUUGAUAUAUUGGGAGAUGACAUGACACACACACACACACACACACAGACAAAGCCUUUAGCAGGGACCAGCACCCGCUUCCCCCGCAAGUGCGACACUCGCAGGCUUUCCUUCUCCGCAGCCGCCUUUGGCCUUGAAGGAGGCCCGAUCCACGGAUGCUGUGGACGGGACUCCGCAUCGCUUCAGACUGCCAAGUGGGGGGGGAUCACAUUUAUGAGUGCUACCUCGCGUUGGAAACACCAGCGACCCUGCAAAAUAGCAAACUAGUAUAGCAGCCAAAGGGCUGGGCUAGGGUAUUUUUCUCUUAUGAACAUGGUAUAUAGGAGCCGGGGUGUGGGAGCAGGGAGGAAGAGCGUUGAGGAGUGCCUGAUCUGGGAAUCCUUUCUCCUGUGUGACCCCCUUGACUGUUUCAGUAACAGCACAAUGCUAUCCAUGUCUACUCAGAAGUAAUUCCUAAUAUAUUCAGUGGGGUUUACUCCCAGGUAAGUAGGGUUAGGGUUGCAGCUUUACUCAAUCUUUUUUCUUUUUCAUUUUUUCACUUCACAGAGUGAUUAUUACCAUGUUGGUGACCACAGCCAUUUCCUGCUAUCUCUUGUGAGUAUUGCAUAGGGGAGAUGGGUUGUGGGUGUAGGGCUGGGUUGUACCCAGCAGGAAACCAACCACCCUCAUAACUUUAUCUAACUGGCUGCUUCCUGAAUAUUGGGAAUCUAGGAAGGAAUCCCAAAUAGCAGCAGCUGUCCUGUAUGCACCACCUUGGAGAUGCUCAAGUUUCUUCAUGGUUGCCAGGUCCUUAUUCUACACAUAGGUGCAUAAACAGCCUGCCUCUCUUUCAUAAAAUAAGCUUUUGAGUAAUCUUGGAUCAUGGUACACUGUCUCUUCCAAUGUCUUGGCAUCAUUCAUGCAUGAUGCUCCCAGGACCCCAUAUAUGAACAAGGAGUGGAUUUUGCAUCCCAUAACAAGGCUUAGACCAUCUCUGAUCAUACACCAAAGCACUAGACUGUUCUAGCUGCCCUAACAUCCUGUCUGGCUCAGCUGUUAUGCUAAGCUAGACACUCUCAGGCAUAAUGCACCAGGGCAGAUCUUCUUGUAGUACAUUUAAAGAACUAGAAGACUUUGCUCCCUAUAUUAUAUAUCCCUCCUACAGUGAUACUGUCCUCUUUAUAAGAAUAACUGUUACUUGCAAAAAUGACCUAGCAGUUACUUGCAAAAUAUGACUUUUUGUAUUUCAGCACUAGUGCAAAAGGAGUUGUGAUCCAGUUUAUAUGUCUCCUUCCUAUCUUUCCCUUGCAGCUGGCUUAUAGCACUCCUGGCCCAGGCCAACCCACUGUUUGGACCCCAGCUGAAGAAUGAGACCAUCUGGUAUGUGCGCUUCCUGUGGGAGUGAACUGGACCACUAUCAACCAAUUCAACAGGUACUUGCUCUGUCCAGCACUACCUAACCUACCUUACUAACACACAAAUACAUUACAUGCAACUCAUUAAUAGCUUGUAAGAAAAAGGAAUCUAUUUGCUUCCAGUUUACAAAGAUUCCCUUCCUUGGUUCCUUGCCUGACUCACCUGUCAAUGGCAUAGCCCAGGGAUGGGGAACUUAAUGGUUCUCUAGAUGUUAUUGGAUUCUGACUCCUAUUAGCCCAAUCCAAUAUAGCCAGUCAGGGAUCAUAGUCCAGCCACAUGAGAAUCAUAGGUCCCAUCCCUGGCUUAACCAAUAGAACCAGAAAGGUACCUGUAAUCUGUCUCCAAUAGGGUUGCCACUCUGUGGUUCUAUAGGACAGGUCACUUUCUCAUUGUCUGUAAAAGGUAGCUAUAGAAAUCUCACUGAAAGGGCAACAGGUUGAUUGUUCCCAAAUAUCUUCUAUCCUGCUGGGGUAAGGUCAAUACUAAGAAAUCUUUUUCUCUUUUUCCUAGGCUUCCUUCUGAUGCUAGAUAACAGCUCCACCCCUUGUCCUUUCCAGUACUAACUCAACGGAUCUUUUGCUUGCACUCUAAAUUUCCCCACAGCAGUAGGGCCAAGACCCAAACAUAUGAAGGGACCAUUUCACUUGUUUAACCAUCUCCCACCUGUUUUAAUUGAUGCAUCUUGGUGGCAUCUGCUCUUGGGUUUGAUGUUGUAACUAAAUGUCCCUCUCGUGGCAGUUAGGGGAAAUGUUUACAUUUUGAAAGUCCUGUAACAAACGCUAAGUUUGAAUAAUUGCUGAUGGAGCUCUGGAACACACUCUUGGGCAAGAGACAAGACACCUUCCUUACUUUUACAUGGCGAUGCUCACCCAAUCGAUCUGUUCUCUCCCUAUCUUUGUCCAUUAGCAGUGAAGCUGCUGCACUAGGAUGCAUUUGCCUAGAAUUCCCCCUUCCACUAUUAUUUAUAAUGUUGUGAAUUUGUAUUUAUUGAGUGUAAACUGGUAUCGUGAAAAUAAAUUUUUUUAGUAUGUGAGCUUUCUUUGUCUUCUGUUAAAGAGAUCUGAUAUGGGGCCCAGAAGUGCUUGAAAUUCAGCCA